AUGGCUUCCUUGAAACUUCCUGUCUUGUUGUUGCUGGGUUCGGUUUUCCUUGCAACGGUCUCUGGUCUUGCCUUCGGGGAAAACGAGAAUACACAAAACCAGAAUCCUUAUCACUUCCGAUCUCAGAACUUCCGAACUCGGUUCCAGAACGAACGUGGUCGCAUCCGAAUCCUUCAAAGGUUCGACCAAAGAUGCGACCACCUUCAAUUCCUCCGAAACUAUCGCUACGUGGAGUUGGAAUUAAGACCACAUUCUCUCUUCCUCCCCCACCAUCGCGAUGCUGAAGCUCUCUUUGUCGUCCUCGAAGGAAGGGCCAUUGCGGGUAUUGCGAACCAGACUAAUAGGGAGACUCUUCGCCUGGAGGAAGGUGAUGUGGUGAGGGUCCCACCAGGGAAUCUUGUUUACACUGCUAAUGUCGAAGAAGACCAGAGGUUCAGAGUUGCCAGCCUUAUUCUUCCCGUCAACAUGCCUGGGCAAUACGAGAAUUUAUAUCCCUCUGGCAAUCAAAACCCUCGGGCAUACUACCAUGCCUUCAGCCAGAAAACUCUUGAGGCCACCUUCAAUUCGAACUUCAAUGAGAUACAAAGGAUCCUACUUGGACGGCGACAACAGGGAGGCCAAAGUGAGCAGAAGCAGAGUUCUUCAAAUGAGGGAGUGAUGGUAAGCUUGUCGAGGGAACACGCCAGGGAACUGAGAAGGCAUGCAGAAUCAUCGUCAAGCCCAAGAAGACAUGCAAGUUCAUCACGGCCAGUAAUCAACUUGAAAAACAUUCAACCUCGUUACUCCAACAACCACGGUGCCUUGUGGGAGGCUUGCCCUGACCGGUUCCAGCUUCUUCGGGACUUGGAUAUCUCUGUCGCUUUGUUACAACUCCGAAGGGGAUCUCUGUAUUUACCGCACUACAACUCAAAGGCCAUAGUUGUAGCCCAAGUAAUUGAUGGAACAGCACAACUUGAAAUUGCCUCCCCACAUUUGGCUAACGAAAGAUCGGAAGAAGAAGAUGAAGAAAACAGACAUGAGCAGCAGCAGCAGCAACAGGAACAACAACGUGGAGAAGAGCGAAGUGAAGGACAGAUUCGAAGGGUCUCUUCUAGGUUGAAUCAAGGUGACGCUUUCGUGGCCCUUGCAGGUCACCCACUAGCCCUCAGAGCCUCAAACAGGAAUGAUCUCAAGGUGGUCGCAUUCCUUCUUAAUGCCCAGAACAACCAGAGGAACUUCCUUGGAGGUGAGAGAGACAACGUGAUUAAUCAGAUAGAGAGGAUAGUGAAGGAGCGGACAUUCCCAGGAUCUGGCGAAGAAGUUGAGAGACUGUUGAGAAACCAGAAGGAAUCAUACUUUGUGAAUGCUCAGCCUCGUCGUCAGCCAAGGGGUGAGGAGGAAGAGGAAGAGAGGGCUCCGUUGUCAUCCAUCUUGGAAGAAGGUUCCUUUUGA